AUCGUUCAUUUCUCAGUUUAUCAAUGAGUUAUACAUUAAUAAAACAUAAAAACAAACGUAUGACGCAAUAUUGACAUUAACUAUUAUAUGUGCAUCCUGAAUUAAUGUAAAAUCCAUACGUUAUCGUUCAUGAACGUCACAGCAAUUAUCCAUACGCAAACGGCUCAUUAAUACGCGAUAAGAUAAGCUAAUGCUUCGUGUAAUAAUUUCUUUUUUCCUGGAGUAUAGAGAGCGCUUGGUUUCACCUGUGCUGGAUGCGAAAGUCACGACGAGGCGUUACCUCGUGCGCAGGCAUCCUGCACGUUGGAGCAGAUGUACUCCCGACGAAAAUGGCGGGUCGGGGAUUCUGGCAGCGACGACAUCUAGUGAACGUCGCGACAACUAUCACGCUCUCGGGCCGAUCGGCGUCGGUAAAACAGAGAGGCGAGCCGGGACGAUGUCGCGGUGUAGAUAGAAGACAUAUGGUCACACAGCUGCGUAUCAAUAUUUUUCAGCGAUAGCGCACGGUGCCAUGUGCGUUCGGUUUGUGCGCGCGUUGUAGAGCGAGCGUGUUGGCGACUCGAUGCGACCUCACGACUAACCGCCGCAGUGCUCAAACGCGCCGGAUUCUGAGGGGACGUGCCCGAGUUAUGAGCACGUUGCCGCUGUCAGCCGCGAAACGAGACUCGCAGGACUUGGUUGGUACGCGAAUGACAUACUCGGCCGUGUAAAAAUGCGUCUGCCUACGUGGAGUCGGGAUCUGCCGGCGAUACUGCUGUUACUCCUCGGUCUCUUGGCUCCCGCCUCAUACAGCCUGGAGGUGAUAUACGCGAUAAACGCGGGCGGCGAAUCGCACACGGAUAUCUACGGUAUACACUACGUUAGGGAUCCUCUCAUGGGAAAGGUCGGCACCGCGUCCGACUACGGUAAACAAUUAGUCAUAGGACGCAUCAACAACGCGGAUCAGAUUCUUUAUCAAACGGAGCGCUAUCACUACAACACCUUUGGUUACGACAUACCGAUUAGUCAGGACGGCGACUACAUCUUAAUACUGAAGUUCUGCGAGGUUUACUUCAAUUCUCCCAAUAUGAAGGUGUUCGAUGUAGUACUAAACGGUGAUCAUACAGUGGUCACUGACUUGGAUAUCUUUGAGAAAGUCGGUAGAGGUAUUGCACAUGAUGAAUAUAUCCCAUUCAGAGUGCAGGGUGGGAAAUUGAUAUACAAUGAUGAGGAGUCUGACAUCCUGGCAGGGAAGAUUAGGGUAGAAUUUAUCAAGGGCUACAGGGACAAUCCAAAAAUAAAUGCUAUAGCUGUUGUGAAAGGAGCUCUAGGAGAUAUACCGCAGCUGGGGCCGAUACCACAAGAUCCUGAAGAAUAUCACAGUACACAGGAAGACGAGGAAGAAACUACCGUGCGUAAUCGGCACACAAGUGGACCCAGAACACCCGACCCGUACUCGAUAGACGACUCGUCUAUGAUGUUGCCCCUCUUCAUAGCCGUCGGUGCUUUCAUCCCUUUAUUAUUCUGCCUAUGUAAAUUAUAGACAUUACAAAACACACACACAUGCAUAGAAAUGCCUUGUACUUAACGGUAAUGGUGUUCCCGAAUCAGUUAGACUCGCUCGAUUCGUGAGAGGAUGUCUAAAUAUGUACAUAGCUAAUCAGUAAUUUAUGCUUCUUUACGGUUGCGUCGUGUCAAACUUAGUUAAAGUAUUUAUUGUUAAUUUAUAAUUCUCUAGAAAUGUAUAGGAUGUGACUUUUCGUACAUCCACUUAUCUACUACUCAGAUUUUCUGAGCACCUUAUUAGCUGUUUGCUAGGUACUCUUAAAGAUAAUCUUAAAGCUCUUACAUUUCUCCUCGUCGCGAACAUUUUGUUCAGUAACGUAGAAACGAGGAAACGUAUGCCCAAAAUUCUCGCGGAAUACGCUAAGAUAAUAUGUCUAUAAAGUGAUCUUAAAGACACAUUUUAGGCACAUUUGCAAAAUAUUCCAAAAACUUUGCCUUUACUUGCCUUUACUUUGCCCUUACUUUGCCUAACAAUCAACAAAUAGCCGCAAAAUUAACGUGACAAAAUCACGAAGAAAGAUCGCAUGUCACAUUAAUUUUACGGUUAUUGAUUGUUAGAACAAAAGUUUUCGGAAUAUUUUACUAAUGUAUUGAAUUGAUUCCAUGGUCACUCUAUAGACAUAUUCUCUUAUUUCGAUGCAUUUUCUUAAUUCUGACGUCAUCAGUCGAGAGUUCCGCGGCGAGGGACCACGAGUUUUAAAAUUUGCAAUACAUUCAAAAUUAAAUGAACAAUAAUAUAGCCUUUACACUUAUUCAUAUCGUCAAGGCAUGAAUGAUAGAAACUAUCGAUAUAUCUCAAUAUUUUCGCUCGUUUUUCAAGAGAAUAGAAGCGCAAUGAAUACGAGAUGUCUGAUAUGAAGUGUUUCAGACUCUGCGAUCUUAAUUUCGUAAUUUAAUUUUUAAUAAGCUUCUUGAGAGUUCUUUUUUAUCUUGAUUAAUUUAUUAUUCUAUAAGGAAAAUCCCGACGGAUGUGUGUGUCAAACUAAACGACCCGAUGCAACUUUGUAACGUUAAACUUCAUGUUUCUUACUACUUUCAAAGAUGAACUCGACGUUGUUAAAGGUAAAUGCGUAAUAGGACUUGUGUCAUUCGAUCGCGUUGUAACGACAUCUCCGGACAAGUCAGAGGAUGUAUUUUUAUCAGUGAAACAUUAAGAUCGGCGAUUCUGAGACGACUUGCAUAUGUAUUCUCCUAGUAAGUGUACACCACGCAAUGCAGUUUACGCACUGCGACUGUGCCGUGGCGCAUUUACUUCAUUGUGUUCUGUAUUUUUCAAAUGCCGUGUUUUUAUAGUUCAUUAUAUAUCGUGAAACAUUUUG